AUGAAUACGAUCGUCGCCAACAAGGCGGAAGAAAAGCUCGGUGACCGACCUACCGCUACCACGAACGAGUAUGAUGCUCGUCCCGGUGAAACCAUGCUUGCACUCCGCUGGUACGGUGAUAGGGAUGUCCGCGUUGAAGAAGUGCCCGCACCUACCAUAACCGAGUCUACCGAUGCCGUCGUGAAGGUGACCGGCACGACAGUCUGCGGUAGUGAUCUGCACCUGUACCACAAGGAGAUUAUGCAGUUGCAGAAAGGCGAAAUCUUGGGACAUGAGUUCAUGGGCAUAGUCGAUGAGGUCGGGUCUGAAGUCACAUCGAUCAAGAAAGGCGACAGAGUCGUUGCCAGUUUCCAAAUUGCUUGUGGCAAAUGUCAAUUCUGUAAAGAAGGCCUCAGCAGUAUGUGCGACCGCACCAAUUCGUCUGCUUUGCAGGAAAAGCUCUAUGGUAAACCCUUUGCGGGACUAUUCGGCUACUCCCAUUUUGCAGGGGGCUUUGCUGGUGGCCAAGCCGAGUAUGUUCGGGUACCGUUCGCCAGCUUCAAUCUUCUCAAAAUCCCCGACCAUGUUCCUAACGAGAAAGCAUUGUAUCUGAGCGACAUCGUUCCAACCUCCUACCACGCCACCGUCUGCGCCGAGGUCAAAAAAGGCAAGAGUGUCGCCGUCUGGGGUCUUGGUCCUGUCGGCAUGCUAUCGUGCAAAUGGAGCAAGCUCGAGGGAGCGAGACGGGUGAUCGCCAUUGACCAGGUACCAGAGCGCCUCGCUCUCGCGCGGGACAUGGGCUGCGAUACCAUCGACUUCUCGAAAGAAAAGGACGUUGUCAGUGCCAUCUAUGCGCUUGAGCCGCAAGGCGUUGACUGCUGCAUUGAUGCUGCUGCAUUUAGGUACACGAAAACCACCCUGCAUAGUGCUGAGCGCAUGGUGGGCCUGGAGACAGACAGCAGCGAGAUCGCCAACGAGACUUUACGUGCAGUGCGCAAAUUCGGAACGGUCUCGAUUGUGGCCGACUACGCGGCAAUGACGAACCAGUUCCUCAUAGGAGCUCUGAUGGAAAAAGGAGUCACGUACCGUGGCUGCGGCCAAGCUCCCGUGCAGAAGUAUUGGCACCAGCUGCUGAAGAAGAUCGAGAAUGGCGAAUUCGAUCCCACUAUUGUCUUAACCCAUAGGUUUUCGAUUGAGCAGUUCAGCGAUCUGUACAAAGCAUUCGAUGAGAAGAGGCAUGGAAUAAUGAAGACGUAUGUGCAGACAAGGUUCUCCCCACCACCGACGCCAGGCACUCCUCCAUUGAGCACACUCAGACCGGGGGAUUUGAAACCAGUACCAACAGCCUGA